AUGACUAUCAUUAACCUGGUUAUGGGGGUCUGUGUACCCUGGAUCAUCGUUUAUUUCCUCUCAACGACCUACCUAGUAGUAGAAGUCCUGUGGGAGAGUAACUCGAAAGAGCCAGAAGACUUUGCGCAUGUGAUUGAGGGCCGUCGAGUGAUUGAGUUUGGGGUUAUGGCAGCAUGUAUGUACUGCAAAUCUUGCAAAAAAGAUCUGUCUCUGGUGAAUAUACAAGGUGAAAAACGUGUGGGAUUAACGUCAAUUUUAUCUGUUCGAUGUAAAGAAUGCUUUGACAUCACUUCUGUGCCUACUGGAAAAAUUCACUCUAGUUCAUCAGGAUCUACAAGUGCUCUCCAUGCAGGGUUUGGACAUACAACAUUAAACAAAUGGUUGUAUACUAUGAACAUUCCAAGUAUGACCAGUACAACUUUUAAGAAGUAUGAGAGAGAAGUAGGACCUGUCGUGGAGUCCACAGCAAAAGAAAGUUGUUUAGAAGCAUGCGAAGAAGAAAGGCAAUUGACUCUUGCUCGCUUAAAGGAAGAUGAAGCAAAUUUGUAA